UUUCACAUUUUUACGCCGUUGUUUUUGUUAGGGGCAUUGUAUUGCUUUAAGUCACAUUGCACUUAGUUAAACACAUUUUUCAACAAAAUAAACUAAAUAAUAUCAAUUAAAAACUAAAAUGUCAUUGAAGCUAUUGAAGCAAAGUGUGGAUAUCGUUCAAGAGGAACUGCAAGGCAGUAAACAAAACAAAACUUCGGGCAAGAGAAGUGGUUCUUAUAAUAUUAAAGCGGAAGACAAAAAAUUUAAGCCAUAUAAAAAGAACAUACAGGAGGUAAAGAGCGAUCUCAAAACCAAAGACAAAAAAUCAGAAGAAAAUAUUAAGAGGCUUCUGGCGCUGUCUAUGAACACCAUUAACAUCAAAGACGCGGAAAAGAUUGUCCAGAGAGCGCACAAAGGACGUUAUGUUAAGAAGAUCAUACCUAAAGUAAAACAGGAGUCUAUUUUCACCGAAGAAGAUUUCCGUAAAUUUGAAGAGGAAUAUUUCAAUUCAUAGCACUGCAAUUGCUAAUGUGUUUUAUAAUAUUUUAGAAAAUUUUACGAAAAUUUGUUUAAUAAUAAAACUAAGAUACUAUAGAAUUCUGUUA